GCUCCCUUCACAGAGCGCUGAUGUAAACACAUCCAAACAUGUAGUCCCUGUCAAUGGCACACCAGCAUAAUCCCGAGCGAAUAAUCAGACAAUAUAAAACACGAGCCAUGCGCCUAUAGUCCUAUCAUGCACAGAAGGGUCUCUUCAUUUGUUACGAACCCGUACUGCUAUUGACCCCUUCAAAUCAGUGGAAUAAAAGGAGUGAUCGCUCUCGCUGCUGCUGCUGCUGCUGCUGCUAUGUUAACCACCAGAGAAGCGUCGGUUGAGGCUCCAACUAUUCAGACAAACCAAACCUAAUCAUCAGAACCGUCCACUUCAGCUCGAAAACUUCGAAGAGGAGGCAGCACUGUGCACGCAACAAGAAGAGACAUAAAAUCGAAUCAUGUUGCUCCAGCGCCAGUUAGCCUACUCAACUGCGGCGCCCGUUCCCAGCCUCGAGCGCUAUGCAUUUCGCCAUGUCGCCCGACAGCCUCCUCCACUUCUACGCCGCCGCGGCGGCCGUCACCGCCGCCUUCGGCCUCUUCUCGCUGUACAGGCACCUCGUGCGCCGCCGGCGGCACAACCCCGGCAUGGAGGCUCCGGACGGGGAUUCCGAGGAGCGCCGGCCGCUCGCGGUGACUACGGUGGCGUCGAGCCUUCUCCCGCCCUUCAUGUACAACCGGCUCGUCCGGCACAGCGGCAAGGGCGACGGCGCGGGCUCGACGGAG